CCCGCGUGGCGCAUAUAAAAGGCGCGUUCCCAUAAUCCUCUCUUCCUCUUAGUCGCUGCCGCCGCCCAGGCCGAAUCUACCGCCAUCAUGAAGGUCGAGCUGUGCAGCUUCAGCGGCUACAAGAUCUACCCAGGCCACGGCCGCCGCUACGCCCGCACGGACGGCAAGGUUUUCCAGUUCCUGAAUGCAAAAUGCGAGUCUGCAUUUCUCUCCAAGAGAAACCCCCGCCAGAUCAACUGGACUGUUCUGUAUCGACGCAAACACAAGAAAGGACAGUCUGAAGAGAUACAAAAAAAGCGGACACGCCGUGCUGUCAAGUUCCAGAGGGCUAUCACUGGUGCAUCUUUGGCUGAGAUAAUGGCCAAGAGAAAUCAGAAGCCUGAAGUACGAAAAGCGCAGCGGGAACAAGCCAUUAGGGCUGCCAAGGAAGCCAAGAAGGCUAAGCAGGCAACCAAGAAAACUGCAACCUCUACUACAAAGGCACCAACGAAGGCAGCACCUAAGCAGAAGAUUGUGAAGCCAGUGAAAGUUUCUGCUCCCCGUGUUGGUGGAAAGCGCUAAUUUUGGCAAACAAAUAGUUGGCUGUGUUUAAAUAAACAUCUGACUUUCAUAA